AUGGAACCAAUGCUAUGCCCAACUUCUGAUCCCCAAAGCCGUGAUCUGGAGGGCGACUUCCCGCUAGACGGAAAGGACCUUGAUUCCGUCACGGACGAGGCUCUGAUAGCCCUUCUUGAAUCUGCUCCUGCGCUGCACGACCUCGGCUCCACAAAAGUUGUCCGACUCUCACGGCAUUUGGUGAUGAAAGGCGGCGGCAGUGUCCUACCAUGCGAAGCAGAGAUGCUCAAUUUCGUUGCCUCUAAAACUGGCAUUCGAGUUCCACGAGUCCAUCGCUCAUUUCAAGUCGAAGAUAGGACGCAGUAUUUUCGCACGAGAGGAUACAUUGUGAUGGAUUUUAUCGCAGGAAAACCCCUCGAUAAUUAUUGGCCCGACUUACCCUACGACAACCAAAAACAAAUCGCUAUGCAGAUUGCAGACAUGAUCAAAGACAUGCAGUCUGUUGUAAUCUCACAGCCAGGCCCCCUUGGUGGUGGGAAAUUUCGUGGCCGAUUCUUCACAGAUUAUAGCGCCGGUCCGUUUAAGGACAGUGCUGAACUUCAAGGCUGGUUUAACCACAAGCUUGAUAUCUGCAAGCACGUGAACCAAUGUCCCAAGGAUAUCCCUCCAUUUCGAUUCACCACCUUUGUCCUUACCCAUCACGACAUAAGUCCUCGAAACCUGAUCCUAGACCCCAAUGGAAAAGUGUGGUUGAUUGACUGGGCCAAUGCCGGUGCAUAUCCUCCCGUUUUUGAAAGUGCUGCGUUACUGGCUCAACAGUUUUUCACCGACUUCAAUGAAGCAGUUUUGUCUGUGUUUCCACGGUUCCCGGAGGAAGAACUGCAACUCGAUUCAAUUACAUAUGGUCCCACAUCACCUGACCCAACCGAAGCGAAAAGCCAAGCCCUGCCGCACACAAAUCAUCCACAUCCGAAGGUCGACCACUUCAUCCGUCCAUCCAACAAGCUCGCCGUCGCGAUCAACCCUUCAAGAUGCCGGUAUGUUACCACCCUGUUCGCGCCAUUUUCGAAAAAUACUUUCGCCAUCAUCGCCAUCACCAGCAACAAGACCUUCCGCACCAAGCAAAAGCUUGCCAAAGCUCAGCGUCAGAACCGCCCCAUCCCCCAGUGGAUCCGUCUGCGCACCGGCAACACCAUCAGAUACAACGCCAAGCGCCGACACUGGCGUAAGUCGACCCUGAAGGUCUAAGCGGACCCUCAGUAUUUGCACCCUCCGUCCGGCCAUUCUCAAAAGCCCCAGUUCAGCUCGCGAUGUCAUAUGGCAACCAAAGUGUUUCUGUGCGGGGUGGUUCAAGGGUUUUUGAUUAUUUCGAAACCCUCUUCAUGAUGUGACGCCCACAACCGAAUUUCGAACAACAUGCCUUCACCAUGAACUUGAGAGCGCUAGUGGAUGUGGAACUACUCUUGAGUGCAGUUGCAAACAAAAAUUCAAAAAUUCAAUCUUGAUCCGGGUCUUGCUUUGGGUUGU